AAACCAUGACCGAUGCAGCAAAUUAACUAUUUCAACGCAUAUAUAUAGAGAGGUCAAGAGGGGCUCUGGGAGAAAAGAAAACAAAAGGACUUUGGAGCAGGGGCUUUUGGGAAGCAGAAAGAAUGGUAGAGGAGAAGCCUGAGGAAGAAACCAUGGUAGAGAAGAAGAUGGAAUUAUCAGAAGUACCCUUGAAGACUACUCAUUUUGUGCUGGUUCAUGGCAUAAGUCAUGGAGCAUGGUGCUGGUACAAAAUCCGGUGUCUCAUGGAGAAUUCUGGCUACAAGGUAUCGUGUGUCGAUCUCAAGAGUGCCGGCAUCGAUCAAUCUGAUGCGAACUCAGUCCUUUCUUUUGAUGAUUACAACAAGCCACUCCUGGACUUGCUGUCUGCUCUCCCUGAGAAUGAACAGGUAAUUCUGGUGGGACACAGUGCUGGAGGGCUGAAUGUAACUCAGGCCACUCUCAAGUUCCCAAAGAAAAUUCUCUUAGCAGUAUAUGUUGCAGCAACAAUGCUCAAACAUGGGUUCUCCACUGAUCAAGAUUUCAAAGAUGGGGUGCCAGAUUUAUCAGAGUUUGGUGAUGUAUAUGAGUUAGGGUUUGGAUUGGGAGCUGAUAAACCUCCAACAAGUGCCAUUGUCAAGAAAGAAUUCCAACGCAAAAUCUCAUACCAAUUGAGUCCUCAAGAGGAUUCGACGCUAGCUGCCAUGCUUUUGAGGCCAGGGCCGCUCUUGGCAAUCACGUCAGCCCAUUUCGAGGAGGACGGCGUCAUCGACCAAGUGCCACGAGUUUACGUUAAAACGCUGCAUGACCAUGUCGUGAAACCAGAGCAACAAGGUUCGAUGGUAAAGAGGUGGCCGCCAUCGGAGCUCUAUGUUUUGCAUAGUGAUCACAGCCCUAUGUUCUCCACCCCAUUUCUGCUAUUUGGCUUCCUUGUAAAAGCAGCGGCUUCUUUUGGUGGACUGAAAUAGUAGCUAGGACUAGGAUCCUAGGAUUUUUCAUUACUUCCUUGGAAAAAAUUCAAAUAAUAUAGGGGAAUAAGAACAUAUGGAGCACUUGGAGCUAACGGAAGAUUGGGAGCAAAAUUGAGCGCAUUAGCGUUCUAGGAUUCAUACAGUCGACCACACUUAAUGGUGUGGGAUAAGGCUUGAUUAUUGUUGUUGUUGAUGUUGUGUAGGGGAAUAAGAACAAUCAAAUGUUCAUCAGUUGGAUAUGUGAGACGCUAAAACAACCACAAUGACGUUACAUGUUAUACAGCUGACCACACUUAAUGAGAUAAGAUUUGGUGGUUGUUGUUGUUGUUGUGAUGGAGAAUAAGAACAAACAAAUGUUCAUCAA